AUGCCCGUUCAGCUUCAACUUGCGGCCGUCGCCUUCGUGUCUCCCCAGAAUCAGCCCAUCCUCGUGCGCGCGCUCACGCCCAACGCGUCGCCGGACGACACGCUCAAGUACCACUACCUCGCACAUACCGCCCUCGAUGUCGUAGAAGAGCGCACGGCAACUUUACCAAAGGGUGCGGACAGCUACCUUGGCUUCCUGUACGCGAUGGAGGAUGUCGCUGUGUACGGCUACCUCACGCCUCUACGCGUCAAGAUCAUCCUUGCACUCGCGCUCACCGAUGCAGUUGUGCGGGAUAAGGACGUUACUGAGAUAUUCAAGGCUCUUCACAUAGCGUACUAUCGCGCCUCCGCAAAUCCCUUCUUGAAGUUACGCGCACCCUUGGAUAGCGUCAAUGACCACGCCACCAUCAUGGCUGCCGGUGGACCAAAGUGGACAGUCUUCUCGAAGCGUGUGGACGAAGUUGCUCGUGUAGCGAGCACGAUCUCGCUGUCAAACAUAUAA